AUGAGGUCGGGGGAGGGCGAGGGUUCCGAGCUGGCGGAGUUCGGCGCGCGCUGGCCGCCGCCCUACACGCAGGGCUACGGCUGGCGCUCCGCCACCCCCCAGCACCCGCCCGCGCACCACCUCGCGAGGCACUCCCGCUCGCAGCAGUGGUUACAGGACAACCGGCAUACCAGCUACGAGGCGGAAGACGCACGUGCGCGGGCGCGCGGCGGCGUCUACUAUUCUCCGCCUGGCACUUCUUACACUAUAGUGGAAAGGCCGGCCUCUUCCCAUGGACACCACGCACAGUAUUCACAGCAUCACUACCCGGGGAAACUGUCAAGAACCCCAUAUCUGGGGUCUACGACAAUAGCUAACAGCGCAGGGGCAACCAGUUUACGAAACAGCACGAAUCAUCUCAGUGCGAAUGGCAAAAAGAGGCCCAUAUCACCAGAGCAAGUGCUCCGGUUGUUCGGGCAGGGCGGCGCGGCGGCGCUAGGCAAGGCCCUGCCGCCGUCGCAUCCGCCGGCCCCGCUGCCGGCACCACUGCCAGCUCCGCUACCGGCGAGGCGGCAUUCGCCUGCGAGCAGCCCGAGUAGUACAACACAUCAUGCCAUAUACCGAGGCGAAAGAGAGAGAGAGCGGCCAUACUCGUCGGGUGGGGCAGCGCCGCCGCCGGCGGAGCCCACCACGCGUACAGUCACCAUGAGCCGAGACCCCGCAGACUCGCAUGGUUUCGGGAUCUGCGUCAAGGGCGGCAAGGAAGCAGGUAAAUGUGUCGGUGUAUAUAUAUCAAGAGUGGAAGAAGGUUCAGUGGCGGAACGAGCAGGGCUUCGCCCUGGGGAUUCCAUUCUGCAAGUCAAUGGGACACCCUUCUCAGGGAUAUCUCAUGAGGAUGCUCUUAAGAUGUUAAAAUCCUGCCGGCAGUUAACUAUGGUAGUGCGUACUGCGGGUGCGCUGGUGGGAAGAGGCUCCUGUUCUUGGAUGGAUCGAUAUGGAAGACCAGCGUCGCCACCACCACAGCGACCCCUACGCUCAACAAGUAAAGAUCGUAUACGAAGGGUGGAUCUCUGCAUCGAGCCUGGUCAGUCUUUGGGGUUGAUGAUCAGAGGCGGGCUGGAGUACAAUCUUGGUAUCUACAUCACUGGCGUGGACAAAGAUUCAGUAGCAGAGCGAUCAGGGCUUAUGGUGGGUGAUCAAAUUCUUGAAGUGAAUGGGCAAUCGUUCGUGGACGUGACUCAUGACGAAGCGGUCGCACAACUCAAAUAUCACAAGCGAAUGUCUCUACUUGUACGAGAUGUAGGAAAAGUGCCUCACGCGUGUACAGCGUUCGGAGAGCGAGAUAAUGCACCAAGAAUAAGCGGUUGGGGUAAGCGAAGAGGCGCGGCAGCGACGGCUGUAGAGCAAAAGGCGAAAUCUUUGCUACCUCAAAGUGACAUUCCCGCUCUUGCAUACUACAUGGAAGAAUACGCUUCACGGCGUUUAACAUCAGAUGCCUUUCUUACAGUAUUGAGGGACUUGCUUGACACACCACAAAAAUAUUCGCUUUUGACGGAAAUCCGGGAAUUUCUGCUACCCGAGGACCGGCCGCGUUUCGACGAACUUGUGUACCGCCGACCAGAAGACGGACCUGAUCCACACGUAAAGCGGGCGAGUGAGAGACACAUGCUGCCGUCGUCGACUAUGCACGAACUUCACGAUCCGGAGGCGCCGGCAGAAGUGCCUCUCGUGGUCGACCACCGCUCGCCCUCCGAAGACUCCGGCUUGGGUCUCCCGCCCCACGACCAAGCUUACAGGAGCGGGCGCGCGUGGCGCGCUGGAGACCCGCCGCCACCGGACGACGACAUGGAGCCUCCGCCCGAGGAGUACGAGGAAGAGGGCCGGAGAUCUAGAAGACACUCAUCGCCAUGUAAUUCCAGAGAGGGCAGCACAACUGCUCUCCAUACACAGCAUUACGACGAAACCAUGUCACUCGUG